AUGACACAUCCAUGUUCAUCAAAGCGAGACUCAGCCAUUGAUGUAUCUGAGGAGUGUCUCAUUGGUCAACAUGAGGGUGCUUCCAUGCCCCAGGCAGAUGGAUGCUCUUCCAGCAAGGCAGCAGAUGACGAGGAUGAACGUGCCGUGCAGAUAGCAGAAGCAGGUGCUGCUGCUGCAGUCGAUUCCAAGACAGCAAUGCCCUCUUUUCUGAAGAUCUCACACGAUGGUAUGCAGCUCACUCACUUUAUUCAGCGAACAGGCACUAACCCAAUGGCAGAAAUGAAAGCAAAAUAUGCUACACUGACUAAGAUGGAGGAGGAACGUCUAGCGAAUAAAGAUGAUCCGAAAUGGGCGAGAGAGGAACCGGAUCGUGAACUUGAUCGUUAUGCCAACGUCCAUCCAUGGGCUGCUAACCGUAUUAGGCUCAUUGUUCCUGAAGGUUACAACGAUUACAUCAAUGCAUCCCCUGUCACUUUAACGUCUACUGCUGAAAAGCAAAGUACGAUGAAGAAAGGUAUCCAAGAUAAGUAUAUCUGUAUGCAAGGCCCGAAAUCUCAAACUGUGGAUCACACCUGGCAUAUGAUGUGGCACUCCAUCACAGUGCCCGACAAUGCAGCACCUGGUGUCAUUAUUAUGCUCAGUCCUCUCGUUGGACCUAAUCCAGCAAAACCUGAAGAGAUGAUGGAAAAAUGUUAUCAAUACUAUCCUAUGAGCGAAGAUGACCCACCUUUGAUGGUCAACGAAGCGGGAACUCUUGGAGAAACCUUCAAAGCUCAGGUUCGAUUCGUGAAGAGAGAAGAGAAUAUUGAGGGUACUGGUAUUGAGGUUCGUAAAUUAGCUAUGUCUGUCGAAGGUGAAGACGAGGAGAAGAUUAUCUGGCAUUUCUUCUAUCCUCUCUGGCCAGAUAUGGGCUCCUUGAACAACCAAAAUGUCAAAAGUGUUUUGACAUUGAUGGAUCUUUCUCGAGCAAAGAAUCAGGAAGAAGAAAAUCCUAGAGUUGUUCAUUGUAGUGCUGGUGUUGGGAGAACUGGUACUUUUGUUGCUUUGGAGUUUUUGAUGGGAGAACUUCAGGGUGGAGCUUGGGAAGGGUGGGAUCAAUCGGAAGAGAAGGGUAACGACGCCAUUUAUGAGACUGUCGAUCAACUACGUCAACAAAGAAAGACUAUGGUUCAAGCUGUCGAACAAUACAUCUUCCUAUACGAAGUGUUAAGGAAACAGUGGGAAGAGAAGUAUAGGUUGCCAUGUUUUGGUGGUGAACAUACUCACGAUUCUCCUCCUGAGGAAGGCAAGAAUGCUGUAUUCAGGGCUAUCCCAGAGAACAAAUAG